AUGGCCUCGAGUUUACCUUACUCGCCGAUCUAUCAUAAGACCAGAGCGACCAAACAGGCACUGCAAGCACAAGCAAUGCAACGUCCUACCACAAGAGGGGGAAAUGCUGGAAUUACCAAUACCGAGAGUGCAGCCACCUCCACCAAUUUCCACGCCAACAACGGGACGUGGAGUUCAAAUGGCAGUGGUGGUGCCUCCGCAGCUCGCAGAACCUCCCUCUCCUCCUUUCCCUCCUCGAGAUCUCCCUCCACCAUGUCGCGGCAUUCGAGAAGACCUUCGAGGUCACCCAAUCCGCCCAUGAUAGCGACGAAUCGCACAUCCGACCCGAGCUCGACCUCGAAAACCACGUCCAGCGGUAUCUCGUCCCAGCAUUCGUCCUUAUCGGCCCCGCGAAAAUAUAAUCCAGAUGCCCACCCUCGGAGAAAAUUGCGGUCGCAGUACCCUCGCGGAGACGUGGAAAACCAUGUGGAAUACAUACUGGUUGCGUCUUUCGACAUUGACAAGGGACCGAUCAUGGAACAUCAGUACCCAGUAGCUAUCACAGGAGACGAGCAUAUGCUGGCAGAAUUGAUGUUGCCGGAUCAGGCGCACGUACGGAACCAGGACUGGACCAUUUUUUUCUUGCACAAAGAUACCAGCCAGGAAGAGGAAGAGGCAGAAUUGAAGGAGGAAUUGCGCCAGAGGAGACAGAGGAGGAAAGAUCGCGCUGCUGGGUUAUUGGGUCCAGAUGACCCAGACGAGGAAAACGAUGCUGAAGAAGCUGAAAUGGAUGGGGACUCAUCAUCUGAAGACUCGGACGACAGUGAACCUGAAGGGGGAGAGGGACCUCCACUGAUAUAUGUGCUGAAUCUGGUGAACACAAAGCAAGACAAGACUGCAAAAAGAGGAGCAGUAGUCAAAGCUAUGGCUAUAUGUACACGGCAUCCUUUUCUGCAUAUAUACAAGCCUUUACUGUUACUAGCUCUUGAAGAGUAUUUUAAAUCUCCACACCCUGCGACGCUGGCGUUGCUUUACGAUGCUGUAAAUACCAUGGAUCUCUCGCUUAUGCCGAGAUUAGGGCUAUUGGAAAGAAUUCUUCUCCAGGCCAGCGACAACAAGGAUCUUUUUGUGGAAAAGUUCGAACAAAUGAUUCAAAUGCGAAUGGCAGAGGAUAGAGGAGAAGCGCCAGAGGAUGUCCUAGCUUUAGGCGAGAGUCCUGAGCAUCGCAUGGAUCUUACUCGAAAUGGUACAAAAGCUCACGUCCAAGGACAUUCGCAAUAUUCAGUCCCUCGAGACACUCAUGAAUUCGAAACCAGAGUCAUGUAUAACGGAAUUCCAAUACCUAUCAAAGUCCCAGUCGCUGUUUCUCCUGAAACGGUUGGCGACUUUUCACUUAUCAAGCUUAUUCAGACGUUCGCUGAACCACAUGCGAAAUCGCCUCUACCUUUCACUCUUCAUGCUCAUCUGACGACGGGUGGAGCGCAUACACACCCGAUUAUUGUAUUGGUCAAUGCUAUGUUGACGCAGAAGCGCGUCAUCUUCCUUGGUCACAAUAGGCCAUCUGGCGAAGUUGCCGAAGCGGUACUUGCAGCAUGUGCAUUAGCUUCAGGGGGGAUCCUUCGUGGCUUUACUCGACAUGCAUUUCCAUAUACUGAUCUCAGUAAGAUUGAAGACUUGCUAAAGGUCCCGGGAUUUAUUGCGGGAGUGACAAAUCCAACAUUUGAAAAUCAUCCCGAGUGGUGGGAUGUUCUUUGUGAUUUGCCAACGGGCCGGAUGAAGAUCAGUAACAGGAUAGAGCCUGCACCUUUGACUGAAGGCAUGGCAAAUUUCAUGCAACAGAACCCGGCUUACGCCAAUGCCGCUAGUGCAGCCUCGACGAGUAUUACAGUUACAGGGGACCCAACUGGAGAUCAGGCGUUUAUGAAUGAUGUUUUGCGUAGUAUGGCUGCUCGCCAUGGGGAAGGUGUGAUUAGGACGAAAUGGCGAGAUUGGGUUGAAAAGUUCACACGGAUAUCAGCGGCUUUUGAGGAAAGUGUGUAUGGAGCUAGUGCUUUGUAUAUUGGGGUUGAAGAGGCUGAACCAGGAAAUGUGAACAUUAGUGGACACGGAUAUGUUUGGAGUGACGACGCAUCGAGACUGAAAGAGAUGGCAGGUGGCGUGAGUCGAAUUGAAGGCUGGAGGAACACUAGAAGUUACUACAGCUUCAAACAGGACCUCGGCCAACUCUACAACUUCAGACCGCUCAAAAGUCUCGAUCUUCACCACUUACAUGACCGCCUGCGCAUGACAAAACUAACUCCAGCAGCCAGUCGAGAAAUUUACAUGGCUCUUUCAAAAUAUACACGCUCGUAUGACGAGAUCUGUCAACUUCUCACCGUAGCACCAGAAUCACACGCAGGACUCUUCUACAUAGCACUAGGUCUGUUUCACAAAGAGAAGGAGGUACGAAUAAAAGUUGUCGAGCUUUUAGAACGUAUCAGCGAACACGAAGCAGGACGACACUGGUGGAAAGCAUUAAGUCGAUUUGAAAAACUGGCUUUUUAUAGGAUUAAACGGGAAGCGGAAGCUGAAAUGAGAUCUAAGAUGGGUGAUCGGAAUGGAUUUGAGGAAUUGCCACCUGGAAUGAUGGUGGAUAGGAGAAUUAGCUGA